AAAGUCGGUAGGGCAAAAAAUUUAGUAUACCUAGAACCGCCUUGGUGACCUCUAUUCAUCAUUAAAGUAUUUCCGUUUCCCAAUGAAACACCCUGUAUAAAGCUUUUUAAUGACUACUUAAAUGCGCUAUCAGCUGAAUUGUUUAAACUACUUCAGGAAAAUACCAAUAUUAGAAGUAAUUAUAAAAAAUUGACAGAAUGUAUUUUGGCUAAGACGGUGAUUUUUAACCGUAAAAGAGUAGGGGACGUGCAGUAUUUAACAGUAGAAACCUACGGGAGGAACUACGAUACACUUAAUCAAGAAAGUUUUACAGAGGCACUCACUGAAGUUGAAAAGAUUAUAUAUAAAAAUCAUAGGCGUUUUGUAACUGGAGGUAAAGGCUCAAAACCUGUUCCAAUUUUAUUUUCAUUCCAGACGCAAAAAUACAUUAGCCUUUUACUAAAAGUCAGACAAGAAACCAAUGUUGUACCAGAAACCAAUCCAUAUCUUUUUGCAAAUCCUGAUUCCGAAGAUCGCUGGAUGUCUGGCGCAAACACAAUUAGAAAGAUAGCUAUUAAUUGUGGAGCCAAACAUCCAGAACUAUUGACAUCAACUAGAUUUAGGAAACAAAUUGCCACGACUCUGCAAUUAUUAGCCCUCGAUGAUGACGAAAUGGAACAAAUCGCCACUUUUAUGGGACAUACAAAGAAGACACAUACCGAGUUUAACAGACUACCGCAAGAUAUCUACCAGACUGCUAAAGUAGCCAAGAUUCUUUUACUUAUGGAAAAAGGCAAGGGAAAUCGGUACCGAGGAAAAAAAUUAAGUGAAAUCAAUAUAGAUGAUAACGAAUACUAUAGCUCUGAAUACGAAGGCGAUGAAGAACCGAUUAUGCAGAAGGUGCUAAAGCGGGUUACAAGGGGAAAAAACCUGAAGACGAAUUAGAUACUGGAGAUUCUGACAGAUAUGUGCAUCAGUCAACGGAACGUGAUCAACAUAUAAUGAAAACACAUUAUCAAGAAAUUAUUUUAAAAAGGCGACUAAGCCGUACUACGCCGUACCACCAACAAAAAAAACUAAAGAAUCAUCCACGAAAUCCAUCCAGAGAUUCAGAGCCAAAUGGUCAGAUAAUGAAAAACAAGUUUUACUUCAGUACUUUGAAUAACAUAUUGAAAAAAAAAUUACCCCUCGGAAACAUGAAUGUGACGAACUACUGAAACUACAUCCACACGUGUUCGAAAAUAAGGACUGGGUCCGAAUAAAAACAUAUGUGUAUAAUACAUUCCGUGAAAGGAAGUGAUUACUUAUUUUUAUUUUUACUGAACCACAUAGAUUAUUUUUAGUUCCAAUAAAUUACUUUUAAAUAA